AUGGAAGCGAUCAAAUCGAAAACAGACCAACACCUCCACAACAUAGUCUCCUCGAGGUCUGAGGUCAGACAUGUUGAUCCACAACACAAUUUAGGAGAUGUCGAAUUAUUGCAUCAAAUUGGUUACAAGCAAGAGUUACGCCGUCACUACUCCACAUUGCAAGUGUUUGGAAUAGCAUUUUCAAUUAUGGGAUUGUUGCCCAGCAUUGCCUCAGUCCUAGCACAAGGUUUAGAGGCUGGCCCCGCUGGUCUUGUGUGGGGUUGGUUUAUUGCCAGUGUCUUCAUCUUUUGCGUUGGAUUGUCAAUGAGUUUCUUGGGUAGUGCCAUACCAACCAGUGGAGGGUUGUAUUAUUACACAAACUACUACUGUCCCGAUACAUUCAGAGUCCCAUUGAGCUUUUUAAUCGGGUGCGCAAACUCGCUCGGUUUAAUCGGUGGCUUGUGCAGUAUCAGUUAUGGUUUCGCUGUGCAAGUAUUGUCUGCAGUUUCGAUUUCGCAAGACGGUGAUUUUGAUAUAACCAAUGGGAAAUGCUAUGGGGUAUUUGCAGCAUGUGUUGUCAGCAAUAUGAUCGUGUCCUGCUUGGCAACAAAGCAUGCUGCGUCAUUGCAAACAGCUUCGAUAAUCAUUAAUGUUUUUCUUGUGUUGUUGUUUUUGAUUGCUGUUCCAGCUGGGUUCGGCUCUGGUUUCAACUCAAGAGGAUUCAUUUUUGGUAACUUCGAAAAUGCUCGGGACUGGAGCGUGGGAUGGAGUUUCUUCAUUUCGUUACAACCAGCGGUCUGGGUUAUUGGUGCAUUUGACUCAGUGAUUCAUUGUUCUGAAGAAGCCUUGAGUGCGCAACGAUCAAUACCUGUGGGAAUCUUGGGUUCAAUUGCUGCAUGUUGGUUCCUUGGUUGGUUUGUGGUUAUUGUAUGUGCCGCAUGUAUCAAAGAUGGUGAUGUAGCAAGAGUUUUGGAUUCAGCAACAGGAUCGCCGAUGGCUCAAAUCAUUUAUGAUGCAUUGGGCAAAAGAUGGGCUGUUGCAUUUAUGUCAUUAAUAUCCAUGGGUCAAUAUUUGAUGGCAAUUUCCAUAACAAUUGCAUUAUCGAGACAAAUUUGGUCUUUUGCUAGGGAUGAUGGGUUGCCAGGGGUUUACAAAUGGGCCAAGUAUGUUGAUCCAAAGAUAAAAGUGCCAGUAAGAGCAACAGUCUUUGCUGGUUGUUGUGCAUUGGUGAUUGGCUGCUUGUGUCUCAUUCCUGGGUCAGCUGGGUCUAGUGCGUUGUUUUCAUUGGGAAUUUGCUCCAAUAAUCUUGCAUGGGUUACGCCGGUGAUUUUGGUAUUGUUGCCCUAUGGUAGAAGAAAGUUUAUUCCCGGGCCCUUUUACUUUGGCAAGUGGUUGACCAGAGCCAUUUGUCUUGUUGCUAGCUGCUGGUCGGUAUUCAUUAUUGUGUUGGCCAUGUUUCCUGAUUCAAAGGCUGUUGAUAAAGAAUCCAUGAACUAUACGGUUGUGAUCAAUGUCGGGGUUUGGAUUUUGUCAUUGGCUUAUUACUACACUUGGGGUUACAGAGUAUACACCGGGCCAAAGAGUAAUCUUGACGAGGAGUACAUCGAUGGUGAAAGUAUCCCAGCCUUGGAUGAGGUUUUGCACGAGAAAGUGUAG